UAUCCAAUAUGGCGGCACAGGGAGAGGGUGGAGGGAAGGACGAGAUAAAAACACAGUUUAUAACCCGAGAGGGGACAUAUAAACUGAUGACUCUGUCCGAAUAUUCAAGGCCAAAUAGGGUAGCAUACAAUGGCCAGGCAAACACGCCGGUCAAAGUCUCGUUUAUUUACCUAAACGACCCCAGUUCGGGGCAGUCUGGAGAUCGAAUAUGCUUCAAUGUAGGAAGGGAGCUUUACUUCUACGCAUACAAGGGGGUGAGGAAGGCUGCUGAUCUCACAAAGCCCAUCGAUAAAAGAGUGUACAAGGGAACGUUCCCGACCUGCCAUGACUUCAACCGGCUGACAGCAUCCGUCGACAGCGUGAUGCUGCUUGUCGGCUUCACAGCAGGCCAAGUUCAGCUGAUAGACCCGAUCAAAAAGGAGCUUAGUAAAUUAUAUAAUGAAGAGAGAUUAAUAGACAAGACAAAGGUGACGUGUAUCAAAUGGAUACCCGGAUCUCCGAAUCAGUUUUUAGUGUCACAUUCUAGUGGACAGAUGUAUGUAUAUAAUGAAGAACUGCCAUGCGGUGCAACGCCGCCCCAUUACCAGUCAUUCAAGUCGGGCGAGGGAUUUUCUGUACAUACAUGCAAAACAAAAAGUACGAGGAAUCCGCUGUAUCGAUGGGUAGUAGGCGAAGGUGCAAUCAAUGAAUUUGCCUUCUCACCGUGUUCGAAAUACCUGGCUGUCGUGAGCCAGGAUGGCUAUCUUAGAAUUUAUAAUUAUAAUACUAUGGAAGUGAUGGGGGUUAUGAAAAGUUAUUUCGGUGGUUUACUGUGUGUCUGUUGGUCUCCUGAUGGGAAAUAUAUAGUGACUGGGGGUGAGGAUGACUUGGUGACUGUGUGGUCUCUAGCAGAAAAACGGGUGAUAUGUCGAGGUCAGGGUCAUAAAUCUUGGGUGAAUGCAGUGACUUUUGAUCCUUUCACAACUAGUGUCAACGACUGUGAUGGCAAUGACUUUAGCGGCAGCGACGAGGAGUUUAACAAUCCGUCUCGGAAUUCGCGGGACUCGAUACGGGACUCUGUCAAGUCAGGCAACAGUUCAGGAAAGCCUGCAAAUUCAAAUCGGAACUCAUUAGAUGCUAAGUCACUGACCGCAACAACAUGUUUGUAUUCGUAUCGUUUUGGUUCAAUAGGACAGGACACUGUCAUGUGCUUGUGGGACUUGACGGAAGACAUUUUGCGUCAACCGUUUGGAUCUGCUAGAUCACGGACAAGUGUGAUAUUGCCGUCCAAUGCAAUGAGUCUGCCGGCUAGGUGUAAUAGUUUACCACAUUCUCACUUGAAUUCAAUACCAAAAGAGCCAUCGUUACCGGACGGUAAUGCGCACCAUAACACAUCGAAUGCAACCAGUCUGACUCAAAAGUUUGCCACUCUUGCAAUCGGUGAUCGCAAAGACCGCGAGGAGAAAAAAGAACACAAAAGAAACUUUAGCUUGGCGAGUAAAAGUAGUGACAAAACACCGCUGCUGAAAGCAAAUCAUGUCAAACCAGUAGACGAGUCCAUGAAGAUACUGGGGACGCAUGCUUGCCCACGGUUAGAUGAAGUGCCAUUAUUAGAGCCUUUGGUUUGUAAAAAGAUUGCUCAUGAACGACUGACUGCUCUUGUGUUUCGGGAGGAAUGCCUGGUGACGGCGUGUCAGGAGGGAUUUGUAUGCACUUGGGCAAGACCAGGAAAAGUGGGAUUAACGCAACAACAUUCUUCAGUCACGCCUCAGUCCUCCACUGGUGGAACAGUUGUAUAGCAAUGUAUGUCUGAUGGAAUAUAGUCUAUUAUAAUAUAUUGAUUGCGGAUUGUAAACAUUGUUGAAUUCCUAGUUGUAGACGUUGAACUUAUGUGAAUCUUCAUGUCACCUCGCCCUCAAGGAGAAGUGGGAAACACACAAAUCACUGAUCAAACAACUUGCUAUACAGGGUGUAUCAGAAUGAAUGCAAUGAAAGUCCUUUUAAUCUGGUACCAGUUCUGAGUUCAGGUGUAUGUAAAAAGAUGAUAAAGCUUAUCAUGGACUGUAUUAUCAAAAUGGCAAUGUUCUUUGCCGAAAUGUCCUUUGAUCAUACCAGCAAUUUCCAUCAAUAACAAACACAUAGAAAGGAAAAAUAUUGUUGCGGAAACAUUAUUUGUAACUCUGAAACUGGUACUAAUCAAAAGGAAAAGAAAAAAUGAGAAACCACUGUGAGCCUUAUCAUCGAUAUUGAAGUCUAGAGUUUGUGUAUGGCAUGUCAAGUUGGCUCUCAUUUGAAAAGUGUUGAUAUUUUGUAAUACAACAACAGAUGUGAGAGGUCUAAUGAAGUAUAGCAUGUCCUUUUAGCAACCUCUUGAUAGUUUUGUGCCACUAACCCCUUUCAAAGAUUGUUGGUUGGUAAGACUACCAAAACUAGUCAUUUGUUCUGGUACACCCUGUAGAGCCACAAUCAUGUACAAUUCAAACUAUUAUUCUCUAUCAAACACAGUGCUGGACUCUAUUUGUGAGUAGUAUGUUUAGAUUAAUGUGAAAACAAUGUGAAAUGUGUCGCAUUUGGCUUUACAAGUUUAAAAGUCUUGUCUCAAAUUUAUACAUUUUGACCGUACCUCUUGAGUUCAUGAAAAUAAAGGUAUCACUUUUGAUUACUAUGAAAGUUCGUGAAUUGUCUAAACCACUUGCUCUUACUGUAUCUUGAAUGACUUUCAUGAUCUAGAGUGUUUUACCUGCUUUAUAUUGCUUGGAUUGGAUCUAAGUAUUCAUGGUUUUCACAUGAAAAUCAAAAUGUGCACCAAAGUUCUGUAAUUUUUUUACAGAAAUCAUGGUGAUAAUGGUGCGACAGAUUUGCAUAAUGAAGACCAAUGCCAUAUGAUGUUGAAUUGCUGCAAACUUGUCUUGCUUAAGCUUGUUUGGUGCAUUUUGAAUGCUGUCAGAAAUGUAAUGUUUCAUCACAAUCGUCUUCUGUCUUAUUUAGGGGCCGUCCAUAGACCAUUUGGUACAUUGUACGCUUAAAAGUCAGGAUUUUCAGACCCUCGCCCCUCCAGAGUAAAAAUGUACCUGUAUUGGGAUGGUUAGCAAUAACAACAAUCUUGCUGUGCUAGUUGGACUUCCCAUUUGUCUCACAAGGGGAAGGAGGAUGCCUGUCCUAAAUAAAAUGGCCUUGUCCUGAUUCUAUUUCACUGCUUCUCUUAAAAAUUCAACAAAAUAAAACUGUUACUAAUGUUAGUCGCAAUCGUGAUAGAAUUUACCAUUCAAUGAUCGGACCAAGUAAUAGGCCAGUUGUCAGAAAUUCCCAAAUUACGAAUCUCAUGGCAAAAAUAUAGAUGCCUACCAGUAAAUCAAAAUUUGUCGUUCUUGUAGAUUGAAAAUUAAACUUGCAAAAUACAGAUACAAUGUAUGUGUUAAAUCAUGUAAUUUUUCAUGUGUAAAUUGUCAUCAUUCAAACAGCUGUCCUUCUUACAAGUAAUGUAGUUGCUGAAAUUUUGAACAUUCUGUCUUAAUCGUGAUGUCGUCGUGAAAUUUCUUGACCCAUUUUCAUCAAAUAAUGCAUUUACUCUAAAGAAGGGAAUGGGUCAUAGCAGAUUCAACUUUGAGACUCAAUAUGUUAAUGCAAAUCAUGGUUUAUCCACUGUUAUUCUGGUCUUUUCGAAGUAAACAAUAAUUUCUGUGUGCAGCUGUUCAAGAAGAAAUAGACAAUGCGCCAUUAUUGUUUUCCAGUUCUGAUAGACAAGAUAUUGUGGCACUACAUCAGGUUAUUCAGAAAACUCAGAUUCCACUGGUUCAAAAGACCUAGUCACCGUGGUGAUUAAAAUGCUUAGUACUUAUACAUUUUUACCAAUUAUUGUUGGGAGGUGAGAAGUUGAGUUAAAAUGUCUUUAGUUAUUAUGAUUAUUGGUCUCUGAUUGACCAUCAGAUUCCGAUUCUAAUUAGUCAAUGAUUUUGAUUGGUGCCUGGAAAGUUUUUUCUUAGAAGCGAGUUUAAGAUACUAAAAGGAAGGCGUCCUUAUGUUAUUCCUUUUGAUUGUCAAGUCAUUGUAAAAAGCUGUAUAUAAUGUACAUGUAGGAUGCUGAGAAGUGAAGAAAGUUAUGUAUUAUAUUGAUUUAAAGUCUGUCUAUGCUUAAAAGUGCUACAGCUAUGAAUGGCUAGAGGAAUAAAUUGAUAUUAAAAGUUAUCAACAUUAAAAA